AUCGAUCUGUGAUUGGUCUCUUUUAGGAAGAAUGAAAGUGGAGAUUUGGCCAACGUCGGUAGCUGCUUCUGGCAAUUGCCCCUGAAGAAAAAAAAAUGGCUGCCUUAGAAAGGGUGAAGGUGCUUGUGUUGGGUGAUUCAGGUGUGGGAAAAUCAUCACUUGUUCACCUAUUAUGUCACAAUCAGAUGCUGGGAAAUCCAUCCUGGACUGUGGGCUGCUCUGUUGAUGUCCGUAUUCAUGACUACAAAGAAGGAACUCCAGAAGAAAAGAUCUAUUUCAUCGAAUUAUGGGAUGUUGGUGGUUCUGUAGGCAGUGCUAGUAGUGUGAAAAGCACACGUCUUAUGUUCUACAAUUCAGUAAAUGGAAUAAUUUUAGUGCAUGAUUUAACCAACAAAAAGUCCUCCCAAAACUUGUAUCGAUGGUCUUUGGAAGCUCUUAACAAAGAUGUGACUCCAUCUAGUGUCCUGGUGACAAAUGGAGACUAUGAUCGGGAGCAGUUUGCUGAUAACCAGAUUCCACUGCUUGUCAUAGGAACAAAAUUAGAUCAAAUCCCAGAGACAAAACGUAAUGAGGUCUUGAGCCGAACUGCUUUUCUAGUUGAGGAUUUCAGUGCAGAAGAAAUCAAUCUGUUCCCUGCAGAGGGAGCCAUAGCAUCAGAUAUCUUGAACAUCAAAAGAGCCCAAGGAUCUUCUCUGCAUCUUUCCUCCAUUUCCUCUAAGUGUGUAUAUUAUGCAAGAUUUAACAUGGAAAGGAUGAAAGAUUGUACAAGUCCUCGCUACUUGGCUGCAGGUUCCUCCAAUGCUGUCAAGCUCAGCAGAUUUUUUGAUAAGGUUAUAGAAAAGAGAUACUAUAUACGAGAUGGUAAUCAGAUUCCUAGCUUCUCAGAAAAAAAGAGAAUUGGAAGUGGCUUUGUAAAGAAUUUUCACUAUGACUGAUCCUCUGCUGUGCCAUCUAUAAAGUGUGCAAAAUGAAAUGAAUGCAGCAUUCUGGUACUAAGCAAAGUCAGAUCUUCUCCCAAUCACAGUGUAUGGGACUGUGUCUUCCCAGAUUUAUUUAGAAAGAAGCUGCAAUUCACUAUCCAAGAAGCAUAAUGAGUACCUAGCUUUGUUGUAGAAUAUGCUGUCUCGUAUUACAUUUUUAUUCAUUAUUAUUAAUUUGCAAAUACAAAUAACAAGUCAGUGAUAAGUGGAUGACUAGGAAAGAGAUUCUACAGCAAUUAUACCAACAUCAUUCCCAUUCGAGCCGAUGCUAUGUCACUGAUAGCAAUCAAAGCUAAAGGACAUCUGAAUUAAACAUAUCUAUAAAUAAUAAUGUCUCAAACAUGAAGGAAUAGAAUCGGCAAAGCAAGCCUGCAAAUAAAUGACCAUGCAUACCUAUUUAAUAGUAUAUUCUAUUUAUACAAUUUUAAGUGUCAUUAUAUGGUAAAAUAUACCAAGAAAAAUUGGGAAAGAAGGAAAACAAAACAACUCAGCUGAAGGGGUACAAAUUAGUGGCCACAAAUGUUUUGUGUUCCUGUUUUGUAGUAUCCUCUGCCCUCCAGAUAGAAGAGUCUGAAAGUUUAUAUUUUAGGGGUGUGCAACAUUUCAAAUUCUAUUAGAGCCUGCCCAUAGGAGCUGGGUGCAAUUUCAUUUAUUCCUUAGCAGCUGCCAUGAGGCCCAGUAAAAAGAUGCUGCUGCUUUAAAGAAUGCAGACAAAUCUGGCACUUGCCUACUCUAAAGCACAGUUUAGAAAUUGAAUUUGAAGCAUUAUGCAAGUAUAAUAAUUUAUCACUUGUGAUUAUACUCUGAGCAGAAACCCAGAGUAAUAAUUGUAUUAUGAAGAUGAGGAUACCUGUUAUAUGCAAGCACUCUGACACAGAAUAAAGAUUUUUUUAAAAAAAUAUUGUUCCAAUUUGCCUACUCAUGUAGAGAUCUGAAGAUGAGGAGCAGUGAUAUCUUUCCUGUUGUUGGUAGCAGUAACAUGGUAAACCACAGCUGGGGUGGAGAGUUCAAACAUGCUGGGUUUAAUGACACAAAAAGUAAAAUU